AUGGCUGAUCAGCUGCAGGAUGUCAUCCAGAGAUGGCGAAAAGCCGUGGUGGAAGAUGGUUUAAGGCCAGAGGACCAUGAGCUGUUCCAGAAUGCUGGAUUGGCGUAUAUUAAUCAGGGUGACACGACACAACUGCUAGACUUCAUUCAGGAUGAGAAGAACCAGGGAAUAGUGGAGUCUAUGGGCUGUGGCCUCCUUGCGUCCCUGGUGGCCGAGGUACUGAAGAAGAAGAAGAGUACCUCUACCUGUCAGGCCGUUAUCACACACCUGGCCGAGACAUGCAGCCCGAUGGAACUCAUGCUGAUUUUUCUCGGCCAAGUGGAUGACCUUCAUCCGGACCUCAUCGCUGAUACCAUCGAACUUAUGGUCCCGCAUCUUCAAACAGUGCUGCUGCGUCUGGGUGAGGAGAAGGCUCCCUGGGUAGGCCUGGCUCUGGCUGCCCUACAGAAGCAGUUGUCCAGGCUGCCAGUGCCUUACACCAAGGAGCAAGAAGUGGAGGAUGCGUAUGGUCUGUGUCGUUGCUGCUCAGCCCUGGCCAGGUUCAUGGAGCCAUUCGUGGAGGAAGUGAAGAGGAGGGACAACAGCGAGGAUGGUGGCACUGCUUCAGACAAUCAGCUAAAGACUGAGCUUCUCAAGUUUUGCAUGGGGAGCUUGAGGGAGCCACUCCUUCAGGCACAGCUUGACCAGGCUAUAGACAUCCAUAAACAGUCUCCCCUAUGGCACUUUGCUACAGACAUACUGGCCACCCUACCAGCCAUCCAGGAGCCUCUCCCAGGCCUCCUGUUCUACAAGGCUCUGAAGAAGAGGGAGGAGUCUGGCCUCCUGACAGACAGUACUGAAGCCCAGGAGUCACGGGCCUGUCUGGCAUACCUGCUCUUUGUCCAGCUCAUCACCAUCGAGAGCUUUCCAGCAGUUUUCAGCCCUGUGUUUGUCCUGCAGUGUAAUAUGGAAUAUAUUGACCUCCUCCUGAGUAGAAAGGAAGAAUCGUUCCUACUCAAAGGCCUGGAAUUAUAUACAAAAAGCUUGGAGAGAGUGGAGGAUAACAGCCUCCCAGUUGAACUGCAGGACCUAAAGUCAUUUUACAGUGUUCCACAGCAUUUGGUGCAGAUCCUGACUGUGUGUCCAAUUCAGCGUUUGAGAGAACGAGGGUUUAAAGUGUUACAGCUCUUCAUAGAUAAAUUGGGACCUGAGGCUAAGCACAAAUUCUUCAGGUGUAUGAUAAAAACCAGUUGCCAUGCCGGAGUAGAGGGUUACAUUAUAAAGAACAUCAAAAAUCAGAUUGAGCUCUCCUUAAAGCCAGGUCAUGAGAAUGAAUGGUUUAUGGGAACCCAGGUUCUGCCCCUACUGAGACUGGUUCUCUGUUUCCCACGGGGCCCAGAAACAGACCUGCUGAACAGUAUGGACAGAGUAAUGGAGUCUCUCAAUCUGUUACGAUACCUGCAUAUGCGGGACAUGGACUGGCAGCAGACAUCAAGUAUAUGGCCGGAGCUGUUCAAGAUCAAAGAGGACUACCUGAAGAUGCUGAGGGUGUGUCUGGCCCUCUCUAGAGCCUACUACGCAGGGCAGGUUAAGAACAUGAGAGAGGACAAGAAGAUUCAAGCACAGGAGGCUAGAGGUGCAUUAGUUCAGACUAUGACUGUGAAGAACAAGAUGGUAUCAGAUAUGACCCCAGAGAUGCAGUAUCAGGUACUGCAGUGUGCUCUGGUGACCUUUGACCUGAUGGAGAGUCUAGUGAUCCAUAUUGAGGAGAUAUCAGAGGAGAAAGUGAGAACUGGGACUGCUGUCUAA